AUGUCCAGCAGUGGUGGCGAGAGCGAAAGCAGCGAAACGAACGUCAGUGCCGCGAUGAGCAGCGUCGAGGCAGCGGCCUGUGCUAUGCUUACCGAUUCGGAAAACACAAACAACGAGAACCGGGUGAUAGAGAUGGCAGCGACGAAUCCUCCCGGGCAUCAGGGGGCCGUGGAAGACGCCGACCGUUCCCAACAAUCUGCGGAAGAGGCGGAAGUGGCCGCCCUCAAGGGCAGUAGUGAAGCCGAUGACACACCCCAGUCGGAGGGCCAGAAGGACGGUGAAAAAAGUGUUGUGUCGCCGGGUGGGCCAUCGCGAACCCAAGAUCAGUACGCCGAGCAUGUGACGUACAAUGAGGCCGGUGAAGCAAUAUACACGGAUCCGGCCACCAAAUAUCAGUAUCGGUGGUCCAGUGAGAAAAACGAGUGGGUAUCCCUGGCGGUCACUACCACGGCACAGUCGGACGAUAAUCCCUUCGAGAACGAACACUAUCGGUGGUGCCACGAGACAAAAAAGUGGCUCCCGAAGGAGACUGCUACCGAAACGGAACACUACCGGUGGGAUGAAGCUACUGCAAAGUGGAUUCCGAAGCACCAACCGCCAACCGCCGACGCGGACAGUGACGAGCGUCAGUACGGAUACGAGGAUGGUGUGCACACGUAUAAGGACAAGGACGGUGCCGUUUACUUCUGGGACGAUGAGCGGAAAGCGUGGUUUCCAAAGAUCGACGAUGACUUUAUGGCAAUGUACCAGCUGAACUAUGGUUUUAUUGACAACACCUCCGGCGCGUCUGGAACGGAUGCUUCCAAAACGGUGGAACCACCGAAGCCGAUUCCAAGCGGCUCGCAACCGGCGGAAAAGGAUCCGGCGGAUGAUGCUGCAGGGCAACAGGCGAAGGGAAAGAAACGCAAGGCGCCACCGGAGCCACCCAAGUGGUUCGAGCUGGCACCGGAGAACAACACGAAAGUGUACGUGUCAAACCUGCCGACCGACAUUAGUGAGGAAGAGUUCGGCGAAGUGAUGUCCAAGUGUGGCAUGGUGAUGAAGGACCCGAAAACGCACAAACUGAAGUUGAAGCUGUACCGCGAUGUCGAUGGAAAACCGAAAGGUGACGGCCUGUGUCACUACAUUAAGAUCGAGUCGGUGGAUUUGGCGUUGAACAUUCUGGACAACUACGAUGUGCGCGGCCACAGGAUCAAGGUGCAGCGGGCUGAGUUCCAGAUGCGCGGCGAAUACAACCCUACGCUGAAGCCCAAAACGCGAAAGAAGGAAAAGGAGCGCCAAAAGAAGAUGCAACAAUCACUGUUCGAUUGGCGACCGGAGAAGAUGCGAGGCGAGCGGUCAAAGCACGAGCGGAUCGUCAUCAUACGGAACCUGUUCGAGCCGGAGCUGUUCGAUCGCGAAGUACACCUACUGCUCGAGUACCAGAACGAUCUGCGCGACGAGUGCGGCAAGUGUGGCACGGUGCGGCGUGUCCUGCUCUACGACCGGCAUCCCGAGGGGGUGGCCCAGGUGACGAUGAGCGACCCGGAAGAGGCCGAUCUCGUGGUGCAGCUGAUGAACGGGCGUUUCUUUGGCCAGCGGAAGCUAACGGCCGCCAUUUGGGACGGGCGAACAAAGUUCCGGAUCGCCGAAACCGACGCCGAUAUCGAUAAGCGACGGGGCAAUUGGGAACAGUUUCUCGAAACGGACCCGGAAAAACCGGGCGCACCGGAUGAUAAGAAGGAACCAUCGAAGGAUUCACUUGCCGAGAAGAGCUUGCCGAACCGUGAGACGGCCGAUCCGGACCGGGCGGGACCGGAAAUGAAACUCGAACACGAGCCGGAAGCCGAGAAGGGAACGAAGCAGGACGCACCGGAGGAUGAGUAAACGUUUGAAUAUGAUGAUUGAUUGUAAUUGGCUUAGAGGAAUCGAAAUU